CUUCUACAUUGAGGUAUGGGUUUUCCAAAUGUUUUCGGGGCAUUUUUAAGGACGCUUUUAAGGACGUUUUAAGGAUGGCGAAAAAGAAAGUAGAAAUGAAAUAAUAGUAUCUACUCACCAGAUCAGACGUCUAAAUCGGUCCUGAUUCAUCAUGGCUGACAACGGAGGCUCAGCAGAGAGCCUGAUGCAGAAUGAUGAUGAGCAGAAUAAAGAAGUGGUUAACAUUCUAAAAGAAGUAAGGGCUAACCUCUCUGAAAUCGGAAAAGCCCAACUUGAUGAUGAGAUAAAGCAGGUAGUCAAAGAAUGCAUCGAAGGAGGAGACCUGAGCUGGAGAAAUGUGUCUGAAAUAAUGAGGUACUUUGAAAAUGUUGUGUCUGUGAAGCUUGGUGUAAGCCUUGAAGAAACAAAGCAAAUUCUCCGAAUAUUCCUUCUUUGCUGGAACAAGCAAGGAUUGGCAGAGACCAUAUGGAAAGAGAUCUAUAAUGAGAAUGAGCCAGAAGAACCAGAGGAUGAUGAACAGAUUCUCAUGGAAGUUGAAAUAUCUGAUGACGAAAAACGUGCAAUGUUUGCUAGAGCUUUACAAGAGGGCCAUGAAGAGGUACAACGAAUUCGAGCAAUGGUUGUCGGCAUGUUUUCCGUUGGAAAAACAUCCCUUGUCAAUAACCUAAUUGACGCCUCAAAGAAUAAAAGACCAACACAGCUUCCGGUUGAUGAGCAAUAUCCACCAAGUACUGAAGGCAUUGAUGUACACUUGUGUAAGAUUGAAAAUGAAAAAUGGAAAAAGCUGGCCUUGACGCAGAAACGAAAUGUAAAACGUACAUUUGAACGGGCUUUUGAACUGUUUGACAAUACUGAUUCUAUUACGCCUGUUGUGGAGCAUGAACAACAUCAUGGAGACAAUAUGGAUGUAUCUGAACCGACUGAUGAAAGUACACAAGUAAAGGAGACUGUUCAGCCUUCUGUUAAUGUUCCAAACGUUGACUUGAAUAAGUUAAAGAAAUUGAUUGAACCAGAUGAAAUAGAACCAAGAGAAGAAAUUUCUCGAACUAUUCAUACCACAGCUCAUGAAGAAGUCAUAAAAGAAACAGACAUUCAAGGAAAUCCACCACUUGUUUCAGUGUGGGACUUCGCGGGGAAGAAUUUGUACUAUUCAACCCACCACUUUUUCUUGAACAAGCGAUCAGUUUACCUUUUGUUGAUGAAUAUGACCAAAAAGUUAGAGGAUCUUGUUGAAAAAAGUGAAUCAUUGGCUGGUUUGGUUCAUGAAGAGUUAACCUGUCUGGAUGCCUUCAAGUUUUGGCUGAAUUCCAUACACAUGUACAGCUCAAUUCAUGAUCAAGAACACGAAGAUAAACCAACAGUCAUCCUAAUAGGCACUCACAAGGACUUGAUGGAAGGCACAGAAGAAGACAAAGAAGAACACAUGAAUGCCUUCUUUAAUGAAGCAAUGCGACCAUUUAUUGGCACAAAUAUUUUAAAGCAUGUGCAUGAUAGAAAAUUUCUCGUGAACAAUCUUGAUGCAAAAGACCGAGUUUUUGAUGAAAUCAGAAAUGAAGUAAAGAAGGUGGCUGAAGCUCAACCCUAUUGGAAUGAAAAGCAUCCCCUGAAAUGGAUACAGCUUGAGAAAACCUUUGAACAAAUGAGAGGGGACGGAAAAGAAAUGGUAACACUGCGUGAGGUUGAAGCUACAAACAGAGAGAACCCACAACCUUUGGAAAAAGCCCAGCUUCAGUUGUUUUUGGAAGUUCAGCACAUGUAUGGGAACAUCCUUUACUUUGACACAGAGAAAUUGAAAGAACAUGUAAUUUUGUCCCCACAAUGGAUCAUUGAAGCCUUCAAAUGCUUCAUCAACUACAAAGAGAAACAUGUUCCACCAAAGCUCAUUGGAGAGUGGCAAAGUUACAAAGAGUCUGCUAUAUUAGAUCAGCAACUGCUGCAGGCGAUUUUGAAGCACAGCGCUCCACAGAUCAAAGCCAACGCUGAUGUUGUCGUUGAAUACAUGAAAUACUUAAACAUUAUGACCAAGCCAAUACAUUUGGAAGAUUACGAAGAACAAGAUAAAGAAAGAGUUCAACAAGAUGACGCCAGCUGUGUGGAUCCUAAAUACAGAGAUCCCAUCUGUGCGCCUCUCCAUUCAUGUUCAAACUUUCAUAUCUUACCUUGCCAGCUGAAAGUAAUGCCUACAGACGCUCUUGAGGAAAUAACAAAUCCACGAAAGCAAAACACUGAAGCCCUCUGUUUUGUUUUCAAAGACAAUUUUAUGCCACCAGCUAUUUUCCACAGGCUACUAGCUGCUUGCAUUAGGCACUAUAAAAUUGCAUCAAUGGAUAGGAAAAAUAUGAUGUACAAUAACAUUGGCGUAUUUAAAGUAAACAGUCGGGAUAAGCUCAGACUAUGGUUCGUCGACCACGUCGUCUAUGCAAGGAUUUCAUUUAUGUCGAAGCAUAAGAAACAAGCAAUAGAUUCUGGUGUUUGUACGGAUGUCAGACGUGUUUUGUACCGCAACUUGAUUGCGAUCCUGGGCCUUUUACCAAGGUCAAAGAACUUCGCAAAAACAACACCAUUCGAAGAACAUGUUCAGUGUCCUACAAUAAAUAAACCAGGCGUCGGUCUUUUCCGAGUAAAUGCCCUACUUAUAGAUGGAGAAAUUUGUUGUGAAGAUCACGAGAUAUGUAACCAACAUGCAAUGGAAGCAGACGAACAUCUGGGGUGUUGGUACAACGAUGUUCUUAAGGACAGGGAAGCGGCAAAAUCGUCAGUCGAAGGUGUAGAUUUAGAUAUUGUUCCAACUGAUAAACACUUAUCAAAGAUUGCAUUACGCUUGAAAAAACACAAUGAGAUUUGGCUAAUAGGCAUCGAGCUUGGAUUAAGGCAAGUUGAUAUGGAACGAAUAAGAAAAGACCACUUUGAUUUUAGAGUGGACUUUGUAUACCAUGUGCUACUCGAAUGGAGAAAACAGAAGAAUAAAACACUCAAGACAUUGAAGCUAGUUUGUGUCGCCGUGAUGAAAAAUUCACCAGGAGACAUCUUUGAUAUAUUUGCAGCCCUUAAUGAAGAACCGGAGGUUGAUGAGCAGAUCCCCAUGGAAGUUAAAGCUUUGAAAGACGAAGAACUUCGCAUGUUUGCUAGAGCUUUGCAAGAGGGCCAUGAAGAAGUACAAAGAAUUCGAGCAAUGGUUGUUGGCAUGUUUUCCGUUGGAAAAACAUCCCUUGUCAAUAACCUAAUUGACGCCUCAAAGAAUAAAAGACCAACACAGCUUCCGGUUGAUGAGCAAUAUCCACCAAGUACUGAAGGCAUUGAUGUACACUUGUGUAAGAUUGAAAAUGAAAAAUGGAUAAAGCUGGCCUUGACGCAGAAACGAAAUGUAAAACGUAGAUUUGAACGGGCUUUUGUACAGUUGGACUUUGCUGAUUCUAUUACGCCUGUUGUAGAGCAUGAACAACCGCAGAAAGAAAAUAUUGAUGUAUCUGAGCAGACUGAGGAUAAUACACACGUAAAGGAGACUGUUCAGCCUCCUGUUAAUGUUCCAGUUGACUUGAAUAAGUUAAAAAAAUUGAUUGAACCAGAUGAAAUAGAACCAAGAGUAGAAAUUCAUCGAACUAUUCAUACCACAGCCCAUGAAGAAAUCAUAAAUGAAACAGACAUCCAAGGAAAUCCACCGCUUGUUUCAGUGUGGGACUUCGCGGGGCAGAAUUUGUACUAUUCAACCCACCACUUCUUUUUGAAUAAGCGGUCAAUUUACAUUUUGUUGAUGAAUAUGACAAAAAAAUUGGAGGAUCUUGUUGAAGAGAGUGAAUCAUUGGCUGGUUUGGUUCAUGAAGAGUUCACCUGUCUGGAUGCCUUCAAAUUUUGGCUGAAUUCCAUCCACAUGUACAGCUCAAUUCAUGAUCAAGAACACGAAGAUAAACCAACGGUCAUCCUGAUUGGCACUCACAAGGACCAGAUGAAAGGCACAGAUGGAGAAAAAGAAGAACACAUGAAUGCCUUAUUUAAUGAAGCAUUGAGACCAUUUAUUGGCACAAAUAUUUUAAAGCAUGUGCAUGAUAGAAAAUUUCUCGUAAACAAUCUUGAUGAAAAAGACCCAAUUUUUGAUGAAAUCAGAAAUGAAGUAAAGAAUGUGGCUGAAGCUCAACCCUAUUGGAAUGAAAAGCAUCCCCUGAAAUGGAGACAGCUUGAGAAAACCUUUGAACAAAUGAGAGGGGACGGAAAAGAAGUGGUAACACUGCGUGAGGUUGAAGCUACAAACAGAAAGAACCCACAACCUUUGGAAAAAGCCCAGCUUCAGUUGUUUUUGGAAGUUCAGCACAUGUAUGGGAACAUCCUUUACUUUGACACAGAGAAAUUGAAAGAACAUGUAAUUUUGUCCCCACAAUGGAUCAUUGAAGCCUUCAAAUGCUUCAUCAACCACAAAGAGCAACAUGUUCCACCAAAGCUCAUUGGAGAGUGGCAAAGUUACAAAGAGUCUGCUAUAUUAGAUCAGCAAUUGCUGCAGGCGAUUUUGAAGCACAGCGCUCCACAGAUCAAAGCCAACGCUGAUGUUGUCGUUGAAUACAUGGAAUACUUAAACAUUAUGGCCAAGCCAAUACAUUUGGAAGAUUACGAAGAACAAGAUAAAGAAAGAGUUCAACAAGAUGACGCCAGCUGUGUGGAUCCUAAAUACAGAGAUCCCAUUUGUGCGCCUCUCCAUUCAGGGUCAAACUUUCAUAUCUUACCUUGCCAGCUCAAAGUAAAGCCUACAGAUGCUCUUGAGGAAAUUACAAAUCCACCAAAUCGGCAAAACACUGUAGCCCUCUGUUUUGUUUUCAACGACAAUUUUAUGCCACCAGCUAUUUUCCACAGGCUACUAGCUGCUUGCAUUAGGCACUGGAAAAUUGCAUCACUGGAUAGGAAAAAUAUGAUGUACAAUAGCUUUGGCGUAUUUAGAGUGAACAGUCAGGCUCAGCUCAGACUAUGGUACGUUGACCACAUCGUCUAUGCAAGGAUGUCGUUUAUGUCGAAGCUUAAGAAACAAGCAAUAGAUUAUGGUGUUUGUACGGAUGUAAGACGUGUUUUGUACAACAGCUUGAUGGCGAUCCUGGGCCUUUUACCAAGGUCAAAGAACUUCGCAAAAACAACACCAUACGAAGAACAUGUUCAGUGUCCUACAAUUAAUAAACCAGGCGUCGGACUUUUCCGAGUAAAUGCCCUACUUGCAGAUGGAGAAAUUUCUUGUGAUGAUCAUAAGACGCGUGACCAACAUACAAUGGAAGCAGACGAACAUCUGGGGUGUUGGUACAACGAUGUUCUUAAGGACAGGGAAGCGGCAAAAUCGUCAUUCGAAGGUGUAGAUUUAGAUAUUGUUCCAACUGAUAAACACUUAUCAAAGAUUGCAUUACGCUUGAAAAAACACAAUGAGAUUUGGCUAAUAGGCAUCGAGCUUGGAUUAAAGCAAGUUGAUAUGGAACGAAUAAGAAAAGACCACUUUGAUUUUAGAGUGGACUUUGUAUACCAUGUGCUACUCGAAUGGAGAAAACAGAAGAAAGAAAGACUCAAGAAACUGAAGCAGGUUUGCGUCGCCGUGAUGAAAAACUCACCAGGAGACAUCUUAUAUAUAUUUGCAGCCCUUAAUGAAGAACCGGAGGUUGAUGAGCAGAUCCCCAUGGAAGUUAAAACUUUGAAAGACGAAGAACUUCGCAUGUUUGCUAGAGCUUUGCAAGAGGGCCAUGAAGAAGUAAAAAGAAUUCGAGCAAUGGUUGUUGGCAUGUUUUCCGUUGGAAAAACAUCCCUUGUCAAUAACCUAAUUGACGCCUCAAAGAAUAAAAGACCAACACAGCUUCCGGUUGAUGAGCAAUAUCCACCAAGUACUGAAGGCAUUGAUGUACACUUGUGUAAGAUUGAAAAUGAAAAAUGGAUAAAGCUGGCCUUGACGCAGAAACGAAAUGUAAAACGUAGAUUUGAACGGGCUUUUGUACAGUUGGACUUUGCUGAUUCUAUUACGCCUGUUGUAGAGCAUGAACAACCGCAGAAAGAAAAUAUUGAUGUAUCUGAGCAGACUGAGGAUAAUACACACGUAAAGGAGACUGUUCAGCCUCCUGUUAAUGUUCCAGUUGACUUGAUUAAGUUAAAAAAAUUGAUUGAACCAGAUGAAAUAGAACCAAGAGUAGAAAUUCAUCGAACUAUUCAUACCACAGCCCAUGAAGAAAUCAUAAAUGAAACAGACAUCCAAGGAAAUCCACCGCUUGUUUCAGUGUGGGACUUCGCGGGGCAGAAUUUGUACUAUUCAACCCACCACUUUUUUUUGAAUAAGCGGUCAAUUUACAUUUUGUUGAUGAAUAUGACAAAAAAAUUGGAGGAUCUUGUUGAAGAGAGUGAAUCAUUGGCUGGUUUGGUUCAUGAAGAGUUCACCUGUCUGGAUGCCUUCAAAUUUUGGCUGAAUUCCAUCCACAUGUACAGCUCAAUUCAUGAUCAAGAACACGAAGAUAAACCAACGGUCAUCCUGAUUGGCACUCACAAGGACCAGAUGAAAGGCACAGAUGGAGAAAAAGAAGAACACAUGAAUGCCUUAUUUAAUGAAGCAUUGAGACCAUUUAUUGGCACAAAUGUUUUAAAGCAUGUGCAUGAUAGAAAAUUUCUCGUAAACAAUCUUGACGCAAAAGACCCAGUUUUUGAUGAAAUCAGAAAUGAAGUUAAGAAGGUGGCUGAAGUUCAACCCUAUUGGAAUGAAAAGCAUCCGCUGAAAUGGAUACAGCUUGAGAAAACCUUUGAACAAAUGAGAGGGGACGGAAAAGAAGUGGUAACACUGCGUGAGGUUGAAGCUACAAACAGAGAGAACCCACAACCUUUGGAAAAAGCCCAGCUUCAGUUGUUUUUGGAAGUUCAGCACAUGUAUGGGAACAUCCUUUACUUUGACACAGAGAAAUUGAAAGAACAUGUAAUUUUGUCCCCACAAUGGAUCAUUGAAGCCUUCAAAUGCUUCAUCAACCACAAAGAGCAACAUGUUCCACCAAAGCUCAUUGGAGAGUGGCAAAGUUACAAAGAGUCUGCUAUAUUAGAUCAGCAAUUGCUGCAGGCGAUUUUGAAGCACAGCGCUCCACAGAUCAAAGCCAACGCUGAUGUUGUCGUUGAAUACAUGGAAUACUUAAACAUUAUGGCCAAGCCAAUACAUUUGGAAGAUUACGAAGAACAAGAUAAAGAAAGAGUUCAACAAGAUGACGCCAGCUGUGUGGAUCCUAAAUACAGAGAUCCCAUUUGUGCGCCUCUCCAUUCAGGGUCAAACUUUCAUAUCUUACCUUGCCAGCUCAAAGUAAAGCCUACAGAUGCUCUUGAGGAAAUUACAAAUCCACCAAAUCGGCAAAACACUGUAGCCCUCUGUUUUGUUUUCAACGACAAUUUUAUGCCACCAGCUAUUUUCCACAGGCUACUAGCUGCUUGCAUUAGGCACUGGAAAAUUGCAUCACUGGAUAGGAAAAAUAUGAUGUACAAUAGCUUUGGCGUAUUUAGAGUGAACAGUCAGGCUCAGCUCAGACUAUGGUACGUUGACCACAUCGUCUAUGCAAGGAUGUCGUUUAUGUCGAAGCUUAAGAAACAAGCAAUAGAUUAUGGUGUUUGUACGGAUGUAAGACGUGUUUUGUACAACAGCUUGAUGGCGAUCCUGGGCCUUUUACCAAGGUCAAAGAACUUCGCAAAAACAACACCAUACGAAGAACAUGUUCAGUGUCCUACAAUUAAUAAACCAGGCGUCGGACUUUUCCGAGUAAAUGCCCUACUUGCAGAUGGAGAAAUUUCUUGUGAUGAUCAUAAGACGCUUGACCAACAUACAAUGGAAGCAGACGAACAUCUGGGGUGUUGGUACAACGAUGUUCUUAAGGACAGGGAAGCGGCAAAAUCGUCAUUCGAAGGUGUAGAUUUAGAUAUUGUUCCAACUGAUAAACACUUAUCAAAGAUUGCAUUACGCUUGAAAAAACACAAUGAGAUUUGGCUAAUAGGCAUCGAGCUUGGAUUAAAGCAAGUUGAUAUGGAACGAAUAAGAAAAGACCACUUUGAUUUUAGAGUGGACUUUGUAUACCAUGUGCUACUCGAAUGGAGAAAACAGAAGAAAGAAAGACUCAAGAAACUGAAGCAGGUUUGCGUCGCCGUGAUGAAAAACUCACCAGGAGACAUCUUUGAAAUAUUUGCAGCCCUUAAGGAAUAGAAAAAGGUUAUUCCAGAUAUUGGUUUUUCGAUUUGGUGUAAACCGGUAAAUGGCUCAUCGACUGCACGGAAUGACAACAAUGCAGUCAAGAACUUUUGAAUUCAGACAAAACGGUGAAAGGUGUUCCUUAUGCAAAAAGUUUUAUAUGAGAUAGUGAUUUUUUUGUUUUCAAAAUUAAAUCUUUGUUACUUUAAGCCGGAUUUUUCAUUGAGAAAACAUGUGUUAUUAAUUAGCGAAAACUAGGCGGGUGGGCUUUCGGGUGUCGUGAAAAAUGCGUUGAGGUCUAUUUACAUCAUGAAACUUGGUCGGAACAUUUGGUCAGCAUGACACCUAAGACCGGUGUGAAUUCGGGUCAUUUCGGGUAACAACUAGGUCACUACGUAAAAUGAAGGAAAAACAUUUAUCCAGUCAUCAGGAAACUAGGUCAGAGCUUUUGUCCAGCACAAUAUGUAAGACCUAUGUAAAUGUGGGUCAUUUCAGGUAAAAAAAGUAGGGCAUUAGGUCAAAUAUUAAACAGAAAAUGUGAAAGUUUCUUUUUUCUUUCACAAAUUCAACAGUGUUGUUCCAAUCUUCAAGAAACUCCGUCAUAUUUCGCAGCAUGCCAUUUUUGAUCAGGGUGAUUAUGGGCAAUGUCGGGUCAAACACUGGGUCGGACCAGUGAGAAUGUGCGUCAGCAGCAUGUUGUUUUUCUCCUGAUGCAAAUUCGCAUUUGUGAGACUGAAAAAUCCGGCUUUAAUUCGGUGUCCGCGUUAACAUAUGUUGUUGGUUUUUUGUAUAAAGAUGUAUGAUUGUCUUAUGAAAAGAUUGGUUUUUAGCUCGACGACUAUUCGAAGAAUAAGGAGGGGUAUACUACUCACCCUGGCGUCGGUGUCCGGUUAAAGUUUUAGGGCAAGUUGGGAUUUUCACUUAUAAGUCCAAUACCCUUCCUUCAAGUGACUUAAUACUUCACACAGUUGUGUAGGGCCAUCACAUAAUGUGGUUAGAUAACUCCAUAUUAUCCUUUAUACAAGUAAUUGCCCCUGAUUACUCCAUAUUAUCCUUUAUACAAGUAAUUGCCCCUGAUUGACUAUGGAACUUGGUUUAAAGUUUUAGGGCAGGUUGGGAUAUUUAUUAAUAACUUCUAUACCCUUUGUUCAAUUGACUUAAUACUUCACACAGUUGUUCAGGACCAUCACACAAUGAGGUUACAUAACUCCAUAUUAUCUUUUAUACAAGUUAUGGCCCCUGAUUGAAAUCGGUUAAAGUUUUAGGGCAGGUUAAAGUUUUAGGGCAAGUUGGGAUUUUCACUUAUAAGUGCAAUACCCUUCAUUCCAUUGACUUAAUACUUCACACAAUUGUUCAGGACCAUCACACAAUGAGGUUACAUGAACUUCAUAGUAUCCUUAAUACAAGUUAUGGCCCCUGAUUGACUUUGGUUAAAGUUUAAGGGCAGGUUAAAGUUUUAGAGCAAGUUGGGAUUUUAAUAAAGAAACUUAUAUACCUUUCAUUCAAUGCACUUAAUACUACGCAGAAUUAUUGACGACCAUCCUACAACAAGGAACAUAACUCCAUUUUAACCCUACAUAUUUUGUUCUUUUUUUUCUUUUGAAAGGCACAUUUUUAUAUUCUUAACCGCAUUCUCAUAUUGAAUGUCAUUGUUCGGGUGGGCUGAUGGGAGGGCAGCGUCAAAGUCACCGUCUGUAUCGAAUAAUUUUAGCUUUUUAGCUAGGUUUGACAUAAAGAGACCAAACUUAGUAAAUACGAAGAGUUUAUGGAGACCUUUUAUUGGAAUGCUUUUGAGGCCCCUAGGAUCAAGGUCAAUGUUACUAUUAAUAGAAAGGGUUGGUAUUGUAUAACUUAAGUAUGGAUCUACAUAUUGUGACCAAACUUGGUAUAUAGGAAGAGUUUAUAGAGACCUUUCCUGAGAUUGUGCUUUGGGCCCCGAGAGUUAUGGUCAAGGUCACUGUUGCUAAAAAUAGAAAUAUUGUUAGUACUGAAUAACUCAAGUAAGGGUUGACAAAGUGUGACCACACUUGUUAUAAAAGUCAAGUUUAUGACCUGCUUUCAUGGAUUGCAUUUUGGCCCCCUAGGGUCAAGGUCACUGUUUCUAAAAAUAGGUUACUGUUUCAGUUAGGGUUUACAUACUGUGACUAAACUUGAUAUGUAGGAAGAGUUUAUGGAUGACUUCCAUGGGAUUUUGUUUGGGGCCCUUAGGAUCAAGGUCACUGUUACAAAAAAAUAGAAGAAAGCAUUUGAAACUGAAUCUCUUCUGCCUAUCAUUUAAAACCUGGUUUUGUCACAUCACGAUUCUUGUUCACUUUUUAAUUUGAUUGUUUUAUCGCUUUAGACAGGCACAUAAUACAUCGUUAUUGUAUUCACUUCUAAAUCAAAGCGGCGUAGUCGAGCGCGCUGUCUUACGACAGCUCUUGUUAUCGAUAUUGUUAAUGUAAGGAUAUUUGUUAGGCCGACAUACGUGUGUAUAUUCUUCUAAUUGCCUUUGCUGAUAACUAUUGACAUAAGUGUGACUAUUUUGACUGUUUUGUAUUUUAUUCGAAACUGUUUAUUGCAAAUUUAUUUUCUAUGUCGACAUACGUGUGUAUAUUCUGCAAAUUGUCAUCGCCUGUUAUGACUGACAUACGUGUGCUGAUAUUGAUUGCUGAAACUGAUCGCUAAGAUCGAGUCGCAAGUCAGAAAUAUGAUAGCCUUUAAAUGUGUAUGCAGUACAAGAUUAAGGUUGGGUUUAUCAUUUUAUUAGGUACUGUUACUGUUUCUUUCAAAGAUAAUGUGAGGCCGGCAUACUUGUGUAUAUUUUGCAAAUUUCCUUUGUUUAUAAUGAUUGACAUAUGUGUGUAUAUUCUGCAAAUUUCCUUUUUAUAUAAUAAUUGACAUACAUGUAUGUGUGUGUAUUUUGCAAAUUUUCAUUGUUUAUAAUGAUUAAGAUACGUGUGUAUAUUUUGCAAAUUUCCAUUGUUUAAAUUGAUUAAAAUACGUGUGUAUAUUUUGCAAAUUUCCAUUGUUGAUAAUGAUUUACAUGUGUGUGUAUAUUCUACAAAUUUCCAUUGUUGAUAACAUCUUCAAAAAAUAUUUCGACUACUUGAUGCUAUGCUUUUAGAAUUCAGACAAUUUCGUUUGUCAAUUGUUAAGUCAUGCCCCUUGAAAACCGUGCACAAGGGCGAGUAUUGGCUCCCGCAUAUUUAUUUGUCUGGUUACCUUCUCAUAUCAAUCAAGAAAAGUGUCCUUUAAUAUAUUUAUACAAAUAAAUAUUUGCUUUGUUGAGCAAAUAAGACACACAUAAAAAUUAUGCACAUCAAAAUUAUAUGAUUAAGAUGGAAGAAAAGUAUGCUCAGUGAAAAUAACAACAAUAUGAAAAUGUUGACUCGGAACAGGGUUUGAGGUUGCGGUCAGCAUUUUCCGGUUAGAUGUAAUAGUUUUUGUUGACGAAAGAGCCAUUUCGAUUGUACCCAUACAUUUAUAUUUGUUAAUUUAAAAAUAUUAUACCUUUCAUAAAUGUUUUUCUUCCAUAUUUAUUUUAACAUACAGGAAAUCGUUCUGUUAAUAACUUAAUUCUAAUGAAAUGGAAACAGCGGGGAAUAAAACUGGUUCGACUUGUCUAUCAAAAUUAUGGUAUGCAUGGUUGCGACUUUUACGUCAAUCUAAGCUAAAAUAUAAAAUCACACAUUGACGAGCGCGUUGAAUUGUCCGGUACAUCUAUUUUGCCUUGAAGAUGUAGCAUUGUAUUCAGAUUCAAACAAUAUUUUGUUUAUAGUAUCAUUUAGUUAUUGUCUUUAAUCAUUACUGGGAGAAGUCGAAUUUUCUCCAUAACGCCAUAUAUUUUAAGGUAUUGAACAUCAUCCAUAUAUUGACUGUGUCAUAUAUUGACUGUGUUGAGAAAACGUGCUGUGCAAAAGAAACAUUAUUUUGUGUAUGGUAGUUUUAAGAGUUGUUGCCCUUUGACUUUUGUAUACCUAAUGUUUUACUUCUCUCCAUAACAUCAUACACACGUUGACUUUGUUGAGAAGUACUGUAAGAAAGAAACAUUAUUUUACGAAUGGUAUUUUUAGAGUUAUUGAUUAAUUUUAUACAUUUUUUCUUCUCUUCUUUACUCUAUAUGUAACAGAGUUAUUGACUUCAAUCUUCAUACUUAUAUUGACUGGGUUGAGGAGAAAUGCAAAAGAAACAUUAUUUUAUAUAUGGUAAUUUUCAGUACAAACGGGCUAAAACUUUCAAAAUUGAGUCCUCUUAUCUUGUGUAUGUAUCUAUUUUGUGCUCCUCUUUGAAAUGACGUGAUGUUGAUUGUUUAUGGACAGAAUGUGUGCAUAUGAUAUAAAUGAUCGAUUUAUA